AGCCGGCAAUUCUCACCCCCGCGUUGUGAACAGAGCAAAAAACAGAAGAUAUCAGAAAUAAAGUGCAGGUCUUGCUUCGUUUGUUCAUUCGCUUGAUGCGCGCAGGGAUCCUGACGGAUGCCGGUAGGCGCAUUGGGCUUCAGUCGAGCAGAGUUGAGGUCAAGUCGAUGGCUUUCAGCUGCACCCAAACAUAGACGCGCGCUGCUGCUCGACGAUAGCAACGAUAACGUUCUUUACGACACUCUGCGGACUACCUCGAAAGCGGGCAGCGCCUGCGCUGUCAUCGUCUCAUUACUGCAAGGCGGCACCCUUUGACGAUUUGACAGGCGCCCGUCCCACAGUUCGGCGAUCGUCUCGUUCCGGGUUGCCCACUUCUGAGACUGCAUUCACCACCCAUGGCAAUUGAACGCCAAAUGUCAACUCUGCCACCAGCCCAGCCCAGCUACAUCCUCCGUGGUCACGCAUCACAAAUACACAGCGUACAAUUUGCGCGACUAAACACUCGUCUUAUCACGGGCGAUGCCGAUGGCUGGAUCAUCUACUGGAAGCUCGAGACCAAGCGUGCGCUAGCGGUGAUAUGGCAAGUGCGCUCAGCAGACGAAUCUGCAUUAUCGACAGCGUUGCCUGCAGAAGUGUCACACAGCGAUCGCCCAAUGCCAUGGCUUUUGCACACGCUACCAGUGAACACUCUCAACUUCUGCGCCUUUUCCAUGUGUUACGCGUCUGUCCAAGCAGAGCUACACGGUUCGGAUGAUGCAGAGAGAGACACGCAAUCUCGACCGGAGAAGACACAUGCCUCAGUCCUCAUCGUGGUACCCGCAAGGGACGACAAGAAGGCUGAGGUGUAUCAAUUUCCGGAAGAGAAGCUAAGCUGUGUGGUACCUCACGCGCAAACAAAAGAUACAGGGAUGGUCAUGGCUGUGAAGCUCGUACGAGAUCCUAUAACGCAGCGAACACUAGUUAUCACUGGCUAUGAAGGAGGUCUGACAGCCGUACACUUAUUACCCGAGGCUGACAACUCGACUAGUGGGAUGGCUCAGCUUGUUUAUCUCAGCCAACCUCACACGCAGCCCGUCUUGUCGAUAGACGUCUUGCCAGAUGCUAAGACGUAUUAUACCUCCGGCGCUGAUGCUAUCAUUGCAGCCCAUCGAAUCCCGGAUCUAUCGUCGAGGGGUGAUGACGUGAGGGAUUCCUUAUCCACCCAGGGAGACGAAGACGGUCCACCAGUUUCAGUACCCAGCCAAAACUCUGACGCCCUCGCUCCGACUACUUCACAGGCAACUACCGAACGAUAUUGCACGGAUAAAGCAGCGGACAAUCCUCCCGUGUCCAUACCAGAAGACGUCGAUGACCAACCUCUACUAUUCUCGAAAAAUCCAGUUCAGUCUUCAAUACCAACGAAGUCGGCUCCCAAGGCCGGCGGUCUCUCGUCACUUCUGUCGAACGCCACACCGCUGUCAAGAGCUGCACAAUCUGCACCUCAGCAGCCGUCUCCACCAUCCAUCCAGGCACCAUUCAAGGUUCAAAAUACGAAGCACGCUGGCCAGCAAUCUCUCUCAGCACGAUCAGAUGGUCGACUCUUAGCCACGGGCGGGUGGGACUCACGAGUUCGCAUCUACAGCGCUAAGACACUGAAGGAAGUUGCGGUGCUGAAAUGGCACAAGGAGGGUGUCUAUGCUGUGGCUUUUGGUAAGAUUUUGGAUGGUAUAGACCUAGAGCAUAAUGCGCGAGACUCUCAAAGCCAAGACGUAAAUAGAGAGGUCGCAAAAAGGGAGACGGGUCUCGGCAAGCUACAAAGACAGCGGGAGGAGAAGAUGCAAGUCAAGCAUUGGAUUGCGGCAGGAGCCAAAGAUGGGAAGAUCAGUCUGUGGGAGGUCUUCUGAGACAAGCUCACUAAGACCAUCCAUAGUAUACACCGAGUGAUCAAGACGAAGUCCAAGCACAUUUGCAAGCAUCGAAAAACGACAACGAGAAGCAUUGACAAAUUGGCAGACGCUGCUUCCCACAACCUCGGCACAGGAAAGUGCUGGGUCGCCACGCCGCCGGAACGCGCUUCAACCCCAGUACUCCCGAUGAUUUGCUGCAUAAUGCUAUGAUUGCUUCCUCGCUGUA